AUGGUUUACAGAGGAAAGCCUGCGCUUGGCUGUGCGUGGUGUCGGAAGCGUCGACUAGCAUGCGAUCGGAAAACCCCGUGUUCGCAAUGUGUAAGAGCGGACAAGCAGUGCGGCGGAUAUCAUGAUCCAAACACACUGAGGAUUUAUGACCAGACCAAGGAAGUUGCGGUGAAGGCCCAGGGCCGCAGUGUGGUUGUACGCGGAUCGAAAUCGACAACAGCAAACACACCCAUGCCAUUCAAAUUCGUUUACGAGCCCAUCUCAAUAGAUGAACGCGCUACAUCUCACAUUUUCACUUAUUACGUGGGCAAGAUCGGCGGGCGGGGGCUGCUCUCUUUUUUGCCCGAGCUGCUGAGCACGGACCAAUCCGGUACACUUCAAGCUGCAGUCAAGGCUAUUGGACUUUCAAGCAUGUCGAGGAUUCAUAAUUUGCCGGAUUUGCGACGGUUGGCGAGCGAAGAAUAUAGCACAGCCCUGAUGUCACUCAAUAAAGCUUUGCAAAGUCCAAUAACGGCGAAGUCCGACUCUACCCUUGGAACCGUUGCAAUGCUUUCCAUGUAUGAGAUUGUUGCCUGUCACGAUAUGAUGUCAGGCCGGGGAUUCGAUAUAAUGGAUCGCUGGUUAAAUCAUGUCGAAGGAGGCAUGCGACUUCUCGAGUUGCGAGGCGUCGACCAAUUGAACACCACUGCCGGAGUGGAAUUAUUCACAACAGUGCGGUUGCAGACUGCAAUCAGCGGAGUUUUCUUCAGACACAACGGUUAUAAUACACCCUCAAUAGCAGCAAUAUCGCAAGUUGCGCGUACUCGGCGAGACGCUGUCACUCAGCCGAUUGAGGAUUUCUACAAUACACUAAUUCAGUUUAACGAUCUUGCUGGCGAGGUCAAUGAUGACUGUUCAAAUUUCACAGUUGAAAAUCUAGGCUCCUACAUCGGGAGAGCUCUACGCCUAGAUGCUGAUUUACGGUCAUGGGCAAUGUCACUCGGCCCAGGCUGGUCCUUCACCACCGUGACAGAGCCCAAUUUCAACAGUAGCGAUGACACGCAAUUUCCUAUGAACGGAGGCAAUUAUCACAUCUACAACAACGUCAAUCUUGCCUCGAUGUGGAACCACUAUCGUCAGACACGGAUUGUUCUCCACGAGAUGAUCCGAGUACUGGCGUUGUACCUAUCGGAGCUUCGAGAUUCAUCGGAAUGUCAACAAACCAUACUUGAAUCUGCUGCCAUAAGUAACCAGAUGGUGAAUGAUUUAUGUUCGAGUGUACGGUAUCAUUUCAUGUCCGAUGAAGCUCGCUUUGGGGGCGCCGUCCGUCUGCUAUGGCCAUUAUUCCUUGCAGCUGGUGUUCGUGGCUUGAAUCCCGAGAUCAAAGAGUGGAUUAUUAAAAUACUAUCCCUGAUUAGCAAGGCCAUGGGUAUACAGCAGGCUGCCGUCAUGUCGCAGCUUCUACGGGAGGGACGCUUAACAAACCUCAUUCCUGGAACAUAA